CGGACAUCUACCGGUCGCUAAUCCUACUAGACGGCUGUAAACAAGAAGUGUAAUGGCUGCGAUAGGAGAACAAGAGAGAAAUAAUUUAGUGGUGGAUUGAAUGUUACUUUUAAUGCUACUGAUGGAAGAUAAUUAAAGCUGAUAAACAUGGCCAGUAUAAGCUCACAGACCUCAGGACUAGUACUCAUAGUGGGCGGAGUAGUGCUUACGUUGGCUGGCGGAGUGCAGACCUUCAUCGCGGUUUUCAUGGACAAGCCGGCCUAUUUCGGUCUCUUUUUCGCCAGCGGAAUUUUGAGUCUCCUCCCGGGCAUCGUGGUGACCCUCGUGGCCUACAGACACUACACCUCCACGAGCUUAGGACUCCCCCUAGGAAGAACAGCCGUGGUCGUCAGGAUCCUGCUCGUCCUCUCGUCCUUAAUCCUUCUGGCUUCGGUCAUCCUCUUCCACCUCGACUUUGCCUCCGUGUGGACGUGGGCACCCAAGGAAUCCUUCGGGGUCUUUCAGGAUGUCGAUGAUGCAGCUGUGUGGGCAGUUACAAUAUCGGGGUUGGUUGGGAGCAGCAGCAGCCUCAUCUGCUGCCCGGUCACCUUCAACGGCUACCACAAAAGCAGCUCCCCGGUAGCAGACCGAAUCACCAUGAUGUCCGACUGGGUGUUCCAGCCCUCCCCGACCCUCGCCCGCUCCCGCCUGUCUCUGAGUGGGGUGGUCGCAGCGCACAGGAGUUCGCGGCGGGAGAUUCUCCACCGGUCCUUCGAAAGCCCCCAGGCACACAAUGCGGUAUCUCGUUCUCGUCAUCCUGACCCUGGGGUUGUGGACCCCCCUGUCCACUCCCGGUGCCAGGCCCUGAACACGUCCACGGUGAGCGACACCUUCCCCUGCAAGGAAGCCAUCAUCGACGUGACCUUUAAAUCAGCAACGAUCUCGGGGAAGACGGCGGUGAGGAGCAUGCUGUCGUUCAAGCCCGUCGAGAGUUCGGGUGCAGCGCCGUCGCCCUCUGCCUCCAUGCCUCACCUGGUGGGCAUCCUGCAUUCGAGGGCCUGGUCGAGCUCCCCUUCUUUUGCCUUCUUCGAGAAAUCUGAGGCUCCAAUAUUCCGGAUGCCGUCCACCGCAGACGUCUCGAAGUGCCAGAAGGAGACCGCCGUUCCCGCUCCCGUGACGCCCUCGCCUUCGCACGAGAAUCUCCGAGAACACGACAGGGACUGCGCCGCGCAGACAAGCUCAGUUUUACGAAGUCGUCAGCUGAGCACGCCGUCCCCUGCGCACAAUGGCCUAUCACUGAUUACAUUCACUCCGUCCUCCAAUUCCUCGUCCAGUUCAGGGCCUGUGACGCCAUUGUCUUGUGAAGUUCGUUCCACUGGUAAAAAGCCUCCAUACGUCUGGCCGGACUUGUCUUUGUUGAUUCCCUGGAAGCCUAACAUCUCUGCUUCCUCUUCUUUCGAGCACCUGGAUAUAGCCCGUGCAGAAGCCAGCAAAACCUCUCGGCCACUCGACGCGUCUGCGAAGAACAGCUGCAAUUCGCCGUCGCUUAACGUCUCGCCAUUCCCGCAGUGCCUCACGUCCACGCCGGCCCACGAGAUGCCGCCGACAGUCGCCAGGCCCAAGCCAGCGCCGCCACCGAGGUCCGAAGGCCGCAGUCGGGCCACCAAACCCACGCCUCCCGUCAGGAGCACGUCGUCCCCGGAGUACAAUUCGCCCUCGCCGACUCCCUCUCCCCUUCUGCCCGUCGUCAGCGCCCCCCGAGCAGAGCAGGCCCCCAAUUCCGCAGUCAGAGGCCACCAGUUUACGUACACGCCCACCACUCCGGUCGGAGGCCUUCUGGCGCAGCGAAACCUCAAGCCCGUUCCGAGGAGCUAUCUGGCCAGCUCGGGAGGCUCCAAGAACAACGGGACAUUUGACAGUUCUUUCAAAACUCCUUUCUCGCGACGCAGCAGGAAGUCCUCGGACAGCCGGAGCGCGUCCUUCAGGUCUUGCUGGACGAGAGAGUUUUGACCACCAAGAUUCGACCGCCAACACACAUAAGGAGAGGCUACAGGCUCAAAAAUGUUUUGGUGAAUUUCUUCUUGAGCAGGUAAAUGUUUUGUUUGCAUAUUUUACAUUUAUUUUUUGCUUUGGCGAAUACUGAUAUAAACUUUACUUCGUGU